AUGGCUCCCCUCAAACUCAACAACCAGAACUUGGCCCAGAUUUCCACGGCGGGCGAGGCCCAGGUCAAGGUGCCCACCUACCCGCGCGGUGAUGCCGUCAAGGAGGGAAUCGUCCACAUCGGUGUGGGCGGCUUCCACCGAGCCCAUCUGGCCGUCUACGUCGACCAGCUGAUGCAGAAGCACGGCGUGACCGACUACGCCAUCUGCGGUGUCGGUUUGCAGCCCUUCGACGCCACCAUGCGCGACGUCUUGCAAUCCCAGGACCACCUCUACACCGUCAUUGAGCGUUCCGCUAAAGGAAGCUUUGCCAACGUCGUGGGCAGCAUCAAUUCCUACCUCUUUGCCCCCGAUGAUCGUGAGGCCGUUAUCGCCAAGAUGGCCCACCCCGAUACUCACAUUGUAUCGCUCACCAUCACCGAGAGUGGUUACUACUACAACGAGAACACCCACGAGCUGCAAAGCGAGCACCCCGAUAUUCAAUUCGACCUCGACCCGGCCAACGAGAAGAACCCCCGCACUACCUUCGGCUUCCUUUAUGCCGCCCUCGCACGCCGCCAACAACAAGGUCUGAAGCCCUUCACCGUUAUGUCUUGCGACAAUAUGCAAAAGAACGGCGCCAUCACCCGCCAUAUGCUCGACUCCUUUGCCCGGCUGCGUAACCCCGACGUCGCUAAGUGGAUUUCCGAGCAGGGCCACUUCCCUAACGCUAUGGUCGAUCGGAUCACCCCGCAGACAUCGAGCACCGAUAAGACGAGCCUCGCGGAUAACUUUGGCAUCGAGGACGCAUGGCCCGUCGUCACCGAGCCUUUUAUGCAGUGGGUGAUCGAGGACCACUUCUCCGACGGUCGCCCGCCGUUUGAAAAGGUUGGCGUGCAGCUAGUGAAGAAUGUCCACCACGUCGAGGAGUUCGAGAAGCACAAGCUACGCCUUCUGAAUGGUAGCCACUCCGCUAUCGGUUACCCCGGUCAGUUGGCCGGCUUCAAAUAUGUCCACGAGGUGAUGGAACACCCCUUGCUGCGUAAGUUGGUGUGGCAGAUGAUGCAGGAGGAGGUGAAGCCGCUCCUGCCCGCCAUUCAAGGCGUCGACAUUGACGAGUAUUGCAACACGCUCAUCGAGCGUUUCUCCAACCCGACUAUCAUGGAUCAGCUACCCCGGGUCUGCCUUAAUGCGUCCGGCAAGAUUCCACAGUUCAUUAUGCCGUCGAUUGCCGAGGCGAUUUGGGUGACCGGCCCGUUCCGCCGCCUGUGCUUCGUCGCAGCCGCCUGGUUCCGGUACAUCAACGGCGUCGACGACAGCGGCAAGCCGUUCGAAGUGGUUGACCCGAUGCGCGAGGAGCUCCAGGCCAAAGCUCGUGCGGGAGGCACCAACCCGGCCGAGCUGCUCAGCAUCAAGAACCUAUUCGGUGACGACUUGCGCGGCGACAAGAGAUUCAUGCAAGAGAUCACCACGGCCAUGGAGGACAUUGCCCGGGACGGCAUCAUGAAGACGCUUCCCAAGUACGUCGACUGA